AUGCUCAUUGACCAUAAUGGAUCAUUGUCGGUUGCAAAACUUGGCUAUAAUCUGGAUGUGACAGAUAUUACGAAAACAGAGGAUGAAAUUGUUUGUUUCGCUGCCGUCUGCUUCCUCUGCUUCCGUGUACGCCGGCCUGGCUUAGCUUGCCACGGUCGCACUCUACGUGCAGUGGUUGUGCGUUUAGUCGUAGUCGUUGUUGCUGUUGUCGUAGUUGAUGUUGCCGUCGCUGAUGUUAUUGGACGAGUAACUUGGUGCAAUUGGCUAGUGCACGUGCCACUGAUGCAUAACCAUCCACUUUUACAUUCUUUAUUUAAAUUGCAUAUGCCUCGUAUGCAACUUCCGUCUUGACA